AAGAACAAAGGGGCGAUCUAGAAGAGAGACAGAGAUAACUGACUCGAAACAUUUAGGUUUGAAGAUGGCAUUUUGAUUGUCUCUUUGCUGUCUUCCUGUGUCAUGACAAUGCGACCGGCUCGUAAAUCCAAGGGCGGCACGUCAACUGGCUAUACAGAAUAUGAAGAUCAUUCCAACACGGUCAAAUACGAUGUUUUACUGCAGCCUGGAGAUGUGUUGGCAUUAUCGAAAGAAGCAAGAUAUGAUUGGGAACACGGUAUAGACAAAAGGUUGGCUGAUGAAGUAGACGGUGAUAUUAUAGAAAGAGGUACUCGCAUCAGCGUGACAUUGAGGAAACUGAAAGACGGUGAAGAACGAUCGCCUUUAGCAACCAAUCAUCGAAAAUAAAAGCGAGCCUUGUAUUAAAACAUCAUCACAGGAAUAGGAGAAAAACUAAAGAAAGGAUACUCGAGAGUGGAUUGCUUCCUCAUCAACAUAGCUAUAGUUCAAUACAUUCUUACGUUUUUUAUUGCAAAUGUGUUGGCUUUUAUCGUAUCCCACAAAUAGCGCAUCAUCCAACAUGUACCUUAUAAGCACCCAAUCAAGGUAGCACACUUCCCGAAACCGC